AUGGAGAAGAGGUUAUACAGUGGUGAGGUUAAGGAUUCUAAGAAGGAUGUCAAAGUUGAGAAGAUCAAGGUUGAACAGGAGGAGGAGAAGAAAGAGGAGAUAAUAGCGAUGCAGGAGACUGUGGGGGAUGAUGAGAAGGUGAAUGAUGGGAAUGAUGGGAAGAAAGACGAUGUAAAGGAGGACGAUGAGAAGAAGGUGGAGAACGAUGAGAAGGUGGAUGAUGAUGAGAAGAUGGAUGAGGCUAAGGUGGAGGACGGUGAGAAGGUGGAGGAUGAACGAAAAGAGAACGAUGCGAAGGUGGAGGACGUAAAGAUGGAGGAUGAGGCUAAAGUGGAGGACGGUGAGAAGCUGGAUGGUGUGGCUAAGGUGGAUGAUGUGGAGGUUGAUCUGAAACUGAAGGUGAAGGAUUUGAAAGUGAAGGUGAAGGAUGAGAAGAGUGUGGAUGUGAAGGCACAGACAAAUGAGGAAAUUAUGGGAGGAGAUGACAAUGAUGACAAUGAUGAUUUCCAUCCUGAGUAA